AUGCCGUCGGAAAAAACCCUUGGUGACUUCCUUUCCGAAAAAACGAUCGAUCAUCCGCAUAACGGAGAUAAUUAUUUGACCUUGCAGUGCCUUAGGCAUCUACUUACGAAACCCAAGGUGGAGGAAAACCUUGACAAGUAUCGUGAACAAUCGUCUAGGAGGAACUACACGCCAAACAAUCCGAAUGGUCACUACGUUCAACUCAUCUGCCCAAAUUCGCAAGCGGCCGAGGACAAGACCUAUAUCCGACUAUUUGCUGCACUCGCUACUGCUGAAAUAGGGUGGCUCAUAUUCCAGUUUAUGGAUAAUGGAAUCUCUGACCAGGACUUGCCAAUGGCUCCCCCCAAAGAUAGUUCAUCAACGCGACUGGACAAUGCCUUUCCUCAAAAUAUAAGACGGAUGAAUAUGGAUAGCUUCAGGAUUUGGAAAUGGAAAAUGAACGUUCCAAUUUUGACCUGGCGUCGGCAUAUGGUGUUCGAUCAGAGCGUCAUAUUACCCUUCAUUGAACGCACCAGAUCGGACCCAAGAACCCAAACUCACACCAAAGAUGUGGGAGGUCAUGGCGAAGUCUCCUAUUUGAAGAUACACAAGCAUGGUCAUGACUUUCCUGAGAUUCCACAGGUAACGAGCCCAGAGGGUCCGUUUGCACUGAAGAGAAUCUCGCGAGGGGGCUACGGUACUACUGAGGGUAGGCGUAAUAGAGAGGCGAAUAUGCUCGAGAGAUUUUCUCCCGAUGUACAUGCUCAUAUUUUAACUGUCCUGGCGACUUACGAACAUGGAGAUAGUCACUAUAUCAUAUUUCCAUGGGCAAAAUGCGAUCUCGAUAAGUACCUCAAAGAGAACAAUAACCGAAGCAAAGACCUGGCUGAAAAACUCGAGAAAGUCCGCUGGGUUGCUGAACAGUGUCUCAAAAUCACGGAUGCUGUCCACUCGAUACAUAUUCCAAGGCAGAACAAUGAGCAGCAGGAAGAGCAGCUGUUUGGCCGCCAUGGUGACAUAAAGGCUGAAAACAUAUUGGCUUUUGGAUCUGAGGGCCAGCGUCCUAUGCUAGUUCUUUCGGAUUUUGGACUCGCCUCCGUACACCACGACUGGAGUAAGUCCAACGUCCCAAACCAGGAUCUCCCGGUAAAUCCAGAUGUCAGACCACCCGAGUGCGAUAUGAGGGGUGGCACAAUAACUAGGGCUUUUGAUAUCUGGACGCUUGGAUGUCUCUUUCUCGAUCUACUCAGUUGGCUUCUUAUGGGGGAAAAUUCAAGGGAACAGUUCAAAGGAAAACGAAAAACGCGUUGGUUUGGUGGGUAUACUACGUCUAUCUACUUUGAAAUUGUGAAGCAUUCAGAAACCGGAAAGAUUGGAUUCAUUGUGAAGCCAGUGGUAACUGAGUGGUUUGCGACAAUGCAUUCCCAUCCCCGCUGCACCCAGUUCCUGCAUGAUUUCCUAGAUCUCAUCGAACAGGAGAUGCUAAUAGUUGGGACUGAGUCGAAAAAAAGGAUGAAAACCAACGGGUUACUUGAGAAACUAAAUGAAUUGUAUGUGAAGUGUACGAGAAAUGAAGAUUACUGCACGAAUGGAGUACCUCAACAGCAUAGGCGGACAGACACUGAACUUCUCAUCGCUGAAGCGCAACUGAACGAUAACAUCUUAGAUUUACUCCAACAACCUAGUGCUCACCUUCGAACGGUUUCCGGCCGUAUGGAGCGGGCCGAACAGACUAGGGAACGGUACGAUACUAUAACGAUCCAAAUGCCUAGCAGAAGUCGGACUGUGUGGUAA